CCUCUUUCGCCCCUCCAUUCUUUUCUGUGGCUCAACAACAAAGCCGUCUUCGAUGGUCAACACUGCCGCGUUCCAGCACAUCUUGACUUUUCUGCUGUGAGAUAGUACAGGCAUGAGUCUCGAUCAAUGCAGGUAAAAAUAACUCACAUCUCCCUGUCAGCUUGUCACCGGGCUGACUGGCCCGCCGCAAACUCCAACAACACUCUAUCCGCGAGAAAUGCAGAAUUCACCUCCAGCAUAUCCUUGACCAAUCUCAACACUGUCUCCACUUGCUCUUAGGGUUCCUCAGGCGACAUUUUCGCUACAUUCCAUGCUAUGUUCAUGAGGACAUGAUCGGUGCGGCGCUUGUCCACUGCCCGCGGCCCCCUGCCAAUUCAGAGAAAGCGCUGCGACUCGGCAUUCCAUGUGUAUCUGCAGACAUCCUGAGACGGACGGCGGUUGUGCGCUCAGUUCGACGGGCGUUGGCGACCUAUUUGCGCUCUGGUUCACCACUCACUUGCCACGCGUGCAGCAGAGGCUCCGCGGAAAACGAGGUCUUAUAGAUGAGCUGCGAAGAACAUUUCUCUAGGAAGUUUGAAAGACGGUCAUAUAUUGCAUCUCUCCCCAAUAUAUGCUUUCCAAACUUGACAUGUACUCAUGAAGCAUCAUUAGCUUGUGUUGCUCCAGGAGGGGAUGCCUUUCUGCUCGGAGCUUUGUCACGGCAGACUCGAAGCGUAGAAGCGCUAAAGAUUCACUUUUGUCCUAGGACGAAACUGAAAGGGAUUCCCUUUUCUCUCAACUUGGCCCGGAGCUAAGUCAGCUUGUAGAGUCAUUAUAUG